CUACUCUACUGUACGUUUGGGCGGACAGCCACGAUGGAGAACGAGAGAACGUACGAAUUACCUAGCUUGUUGAAAACGGCGUACUACGCUUGCAAUGAGAUCGAGCGUGACAGUUUUGACUCACUGGAGGUACCGGACAUCGAUAUGCGACAUUGUUGCGAGUCCUUGUUCGAAAUAUUUAAAAUCGACAAAAAACGAAACGAGAAUAACGAAAGGCGGACAAUGUUCAGCAGGUUGCAGUUCUCCAUCAACGACAAGAAGUUUAAAAACAUAUGCGAGCAGGCAGCGUCCAAUGGCCACCUGAAUUGUAUGAAACUCGCUCGCGAGAUCGGUAUCCCUUGGGACGAAAUGUCCAGAGGGAACGAUAAGGCAUGUGACCGGGCUGCCAGGUCGGGAUAUCUGGAGUGCCUAAUAUACGCCCGGGAAAACGGGUGUCCAUGGGACCAGUCAACAUGUAUCAACGCCGCGAUAGGUGGACAUUUGGACUGUUUGGUAUACGCCCGGGAAAACGGGUGCCCGUGGGGCGAGCGGACAUGCGAACACGCCGCGUUGAACGGACACAAGGACUGCCUAGUUUACGCAUGGGAAAAUGGGUGCCCGUGGAAUGUGGAAACAUGCGGAAACGCCGCGCUGUACGGUCACUUGGACUGCCUUGUUUACGCACGGGAAAACGGGUGCCCUUGGGACGAGCGGACAUGCAACAACGCCGCGUUAAACGGACACAAGGGCUGCCUAGUUUACGCACGGGAAAAUGGGUGCCCGUGGAAUGUGGAAACAUGCGGAAACGCCGCGCUGUACGGUCACUUGGACUGCCUUGUUUACGCACGGGAAAACGGGUGCCCUUGGGACGAGCGGACAUGCGAACACGCCGCGUUGAACGGACACAAGGACUGCCUAGUUUACGCACGGGAAAAUGGGUGCCCGUGGAAUGUGGAAACAUGCGGAAACGCCGCGCUGUACGGUCACUUGGACUGCCUUGUUUACGCACGGGAAAACGGGUGCCCUUGGGACGAGCGGACAUGCAACAACGCCGCGUUAAACGGACACAAGGGCUGCCUAGUUUACGCACGGGAAAAUGGGUGCCCGUGGAAUGUGGAAACAUGCGGAAACGCCGCGCUGUACGGUCACUUGGACUGCCUUGUUUACGCACGGGAAAACGGGUGCCCUUGGGACGAGCGGACAUGCAACAACGCCGCGUUAAACGGACACAUGGACUGCCUAGUUUACGCACAUGUAAAAGGGUGCCCUUGGGACAAGCGGACAUGCGAACACGCCGCGUAAACGGACACAUGGACUGCCUAGUUUACGCACAUGUAAAAGGGUGCCCUUGGGACAAGCGGACAUGCGAACACGCCGCGUGGAACGGCCACAAGGACUGCCUGGUAUACG